CCAUGGCCGACAGCAGGGCCAAACCUGCCAAAGCCUCCAACAGGACACCCCCCAAGUCCCCGGGGGACCCCGCCCGAGACCGGGCGGCCAAGCGACUGUCACUGGAGUCGGAAGGUGCCAGCGAGGGUGCGGCCGCGACCCCGGAGCUCAGCGCCCUGGAGGAGGCCUUCCGGCGCUUUGCCGUGCACGGGGACACACGGGCCACUGGGAAGGAGAUGCACGGCAAGAACUGGUCCAAGCUGUGCAAGGACUGCCAGGUGAUCGACGGCCGAAACGUGACAGUCACCGAUGUGGAUAUCGUCUUCAGCAAGAUCAAAGGGAAGUCCUGUCGGACCAUCACCUUUGAGCAGUUCAAGGAGGCACUGGAGGAGCUCGCCAAGAAGCGGUUCAAGGACAAGAGUGACGAGGAGGCCAUCCGCGAGGUGCACCGGCUCAUCGAGGGCAAGGCCCCGAUCAUCUCAGGGGUGACGAAAGCCAUCUCGUCACCCACUGUGUCACGGCUUACCGACACGACCAAGUUCACGGGCUCCCACAAGGAGCGCUUUGACCCCUCAGGCAAGGGCAAGGGAAAGGCUGGCCGUGUGGACCUGGUGGACGAUUCGGGCUAUGUGCCUGGCUACAAGCACGCGGGCACCUACGACCAGAAGGUGCAGGGCGGCAAGUAGCCCCCACGCGUGCCCGCCUGCCCGUGCAGGCGUCUGGGCCCGGACUCCUUCCCUCACACUUCAUUACAUUCCUGUGCGGCUCGGGCAGAUCUCACGGCACCUGGGCCUCCCUCCUGCCCGCCUCCCGCCAGGUGCCCCGCGCCCCUCUCAGACCCUGGUUAGGCCCGACUCACCAACCCUUCCUAACACACCUGCCUCGCCCAGUAGGGAAGAGGAUGGCCGGUCCAUGGGGUCUCCACCUUGCACACACUGGCCACAUGGUUUGCAGGCGAAAGGGGAGUUUUUAAGGAGCUUGCCAUUGUGGGGACGCGGAGGACAGGGCCUAUCGGAGGCUGCGCUGGCCCCCUGACCGGCAGACGCCUUGCAGGAGCCUCAGCGGGUAACAGACGCUAACGAACUAACCAACAGCACCAAUAAAACGGUGUUCACUCCAAACGGGACUGUGGCAGUGUCUGUGGGGCCCUGUGCCCGUCCUGCACGCAGUGGACACCACAGGCCCCCAUGCUCUUCUGGCUGAGGGCAGGACCGAGGCCACUUGGUGGCCAUGUGGGCGCUGGCACCCCGCAGGUGUGGGGAGGCAGGUCACACAGGCACGUGCUUGUGCGCACACAUGUACACAAUGUGCACAUGUGCACGCACAUGCCUACAGGUCAGCUUUGUGCGACAGGCAGUCCCAGUGAAAGGAAGGCUGAGGGGGCAACGGGCAGCUUCCCGGUUGACCAGUGGAGUGACCUGGUGUGAGAUGGGACAUUGGCUUGGCAAACGCGCGUCUGAUCUCAGAGCUGAUUGGGAAGAUUCAGAACACCCUGCCCAGUGUCGCCCGGCAGGAGUGGUGAGAUGCCAAGACCCUGCUGCCUCACGCCUGUGACAGGCCCGGCCCCUGUUGCCUGGCCUGCCUCUACACUGCUCACGAGUCUCCACUGCACCCACAGUUUCUCCAGCCCCUCUGGAUAGUCUCCCAACCUCCCCAGCGUGUGGAGAGCAGGACACCAAACACAGACCCAGGAAUACCCUGGGCCCGUGGCAUGUGUGGGACUCUGCCUCUCCAGGGCGUCCGCACAGGGCCUGCCCAGGCCUUGCCCAGGCCUUGCCCGCCAUGCCGCACAAGUCUGCACCAUCCCUGGGAGGCCCAUUGGUGUGGCCACUUCUGCCACGAUGGCCUGACUGUCCCUCGAGUGUGACCUGCUGGGCUGUGCGGCUCUGGAGAGGGUUCUGGGAAGAGCCCACAGAAGCCUCAGGGAUGUGCUCCUCAGAGCCUGUGUGUCCUUGGCUACUGUCUGAAUCUGUCCAGGUGGGUAUGAGGCCCUCUGGCAGCACUGUGGCACAGACACACCACCUGCCCCCAAGUCCAGAGAGCACCCUGCUUGUGGCCACAGCCUGAAGGUUGCCCCCGGCUGACACAGUGCUAUAGGGUUGGGGCCUCCCCAGGUCCCUCGACAGGGACCCCUCGCCGGAGGACGGAGUGGCCUCAGGAAGCACAUGGUACCUGGCACUGAAGACCAAGGAAUCAUAGUUCUCAGCUUCACCACUGCCUCUGGAGCCACCUUGCCAGGCUGGGGAGAGGAGGAGCACCCAAGUCUGGCUCCGAGCCCCCCACCAGCCGGGCUGGACCAUGUGUGACACCAAGGGGCAGAAGUCACAUGUGGGAAUGCUUGCAAACAGCCUCAACCAGCAAAGUGCUUGAUCAUCUGAUCACGCCCUGAAGGUCCCUGUGCUCAAAUGCCAACGGCUUACACUGCAGUCACUACGCAGCACUCGAGGCCCGGAGGUGCCCAGGCGCCCCACCCCCUCUCAGGCCUCUCCCAUCACAGGCAUCCCGGGUCCCAGUGCGGCUCCGCCCGGGCUGGCCAUCUCUUGGUCUGAGGCUUUGCUUUCCUUUUCUUCUGCCCAUGAGCAACCUGGUCCCCUGUGUGAUGACCACGGCCAAGUCACACAGAGCAGAUGUGGUUCCAGCAGGACCUCGGUGCUAGAGCCAAGGGCACCUGGUGAAGGCAGACGGAUGGGCCAGGGGCUGUCCAAGGGGUUCCCACACCGCACAGCAGGAACGAAUGCCGAGUCUGUGGGGACACAGGAUGCGGAAGAGAGGGACCGGCACACCAGGACACUGCCACCUGUUCAGAGGGUCGUCCUUGGGCAAGAAUGGCCUCCAAAGAAGACACAAACUACAUCUGGGCUGUCUGCCCUAGGACACACCAGAAACGGGAUCUAAGCAAAGAAACUCAAGUCCCAUCCUCAGGGGCCUACCGCACCUCACAGGAAGGAGGCUCAUGUCCUAGCGGGUCACCUUGCUCACAUGGUCAGCAUGCUUCUUGCCAGUGCCCUCCCGAGCACAGGGUAGAGCAGCCAGCAGCAUGUCCUUGGUCCUGCCAUCUCAGGCCUGGAGGUGAGCUCCUGGACACGGGAUGCACUUCGCUGCUGAGGGGCGCAUCGGGCACAUUCCUGGUCACCCCAACAUGUCCUGCCUGGGAUGCCCGCGACGGCUGAGGCCCGAGAAGGGGUGGGGCACCUGGGAUCCUCCGGGCCUCAAGUCCUGAGUAGUCUCUGGGUUUUGUGAGUGAACUCAUGUGCACGUGGUCAUGGCCAUGGUGGCCCUGGGAGGCCCCAUAGCCCAGAAUCCCCAUCCACAUGCUCUCAGGGGUGGCACCUGGCACACAGCACCAGGAGUGGAGUUGAUGGUCUUCACCAUGUCCUCCCCCAUGGGUCCCAAGGCUUCCUCGGAAACACGUGAGCCGAAACAGCAUCCCUUAGGCCUUCCAAGUGUAGUUUUGAAAACACCUCCCUCCCCACCCUGUGCCACCCAGCAAGGGCGGGGGCAGUAAAUUCAGUCAUGGGGACGUGGUAGGUACCAUUCUGUCCAUGUGAAUUGUCUGGUGAAUUUGUCAUAGCAUCUCUGUGCAAUCCUUGAACACAGGACAUUUGCUUGGACCCCAAACCACUGCACAAAACAGACCAUGCAUUUUCCUCAUCGGUUUCUGGAUAUUGUGAACACAUAGACAGGUGUCGUUCUUUUGCAUGUUCUUAUGCAACAAAAUUUGCUUCUACUAACCAUGGUUAACUAGAAAUUAAAUGUCUAUCUGUGAAAAAAAGAAACUGCACAACAUGCAACCCAGGAGACUGGGACAGGAUCUGUCAGGGGCAACUCGGGAUGAGGACAGGUUCUGUCAGGUGGACACCAGGAGACGGGGACAGGUUCUGUCAGGUGGACACUGGUUGACGGGAACAGGUUCUGCCAGGGGACACCAGGAGACAGGGACAGGUUCUGGCUGGAAGAUACCAGGUGAUGGGGACAGGUUCAGUCAGGGGAACACCGGUUGACGGGGACAGGUUCUUUCAGGUGGACACUGGUUGAUGGGGACAGGUUCUGCCAGGGGACACCAGGAGACAGGGACAGGUUCAGUCAGGGGGACACCGGUUGAUGGGGACAGGUUCUGUCAGGUGGACACUGGUUGACGGGGACAGGUUCUGCCAGGGGACACCAGGAGACAGGGACAGGUUCUGGCUGGAAGACACCAGGAGAUGGGGGCAGGUCCUGUCGGGGACACCAGGAGAUGGGGCAGGUCUUGUCAGGUGGACACUGGUUGGCAGUGGCGGGUCCUGUCCAGCGGACGCUGGUUGAUGGGGCGGGUCCUGUCAGGCGAACACCAGUUGGCAGGGAUGGGUCCUGUCAGGGGGACAUCGGUUGACGGGGGCAGGUCCCAUCAGGGGGACACCAGGAGACGGGGGCAGGUCCUGUGUUGAAGACACCAGGUGAUGGGGACAGAUUCUGUCAGGUGGACACCAGGAGAUGGGGACAGGUUUUGUGAGGGGACAUGACGAGACAGGGACAGGUUCUUCAGAGGGACACCAGUUGAUGGGGACAGUUUCUGUCAGGUAGACACUAGGAGAUGGGAACAGGUUCUGUCAGGUAGACACCAGGAGAUGGGGACAGUUUUUGUCAGGGGACACGAUGAGACAGGGACAGGUUCUGUCCAGAGAAUACCAGGAGACAGGGACAGUUCUGAAAGGGGACAGUGCCGAUGGUGUCUGAGCAUCAGGGAGGCAAAGGAUAGAAGGAGAGUGUUUGGGAAACUGAUCAUACCUGAAUGCUUAUUUAUUUCUAUUUAAUGCUAUUGGACCUGCCGCUAGGUAGUGGUCAUACAGUUAGCUCUGCCAAGUCCCAGAUCAAAUUAUAUGUUUAAAAUAUCAGAGCAAAAUAUAUAUAUUUAUACUGGAGUAUUUUUUCACCUUUAAUAUCCUCAGUUUUUAUUUUGGCGUAGAUGAAACUAGUGCAGCUGCCUUGCAUUGGCCAGAGGAUUCCACAUGCAUUGUGUCCUGAGGUGUCCGCCUCCAUAGCCUGUGGUGGCAGCCCCAGACAGGCCAUGGGCAGUCGCAUGCUACACCUUGCCCACCUGGGCUGACGCUGUGCCUGUGUUUGUGAGUGAGGUCCCCAGCAUGAGCCCUGGGUGUUGGCAGGCCAUGCAUAGCUGCUCCUGCACUGCAGCCAGAGAGGGAGGGGUCGAGACAGAGAUGCCUGGCCCUGGACGCCCAUGUCCCUUAAUGGGGACAGCGCACCGCACAUCCCACUCAUUCCCUCCUGAAGGCAAUUGUGUUGAGCUGGCCACUCUCCAUCCUGCCACACAGGCCACAUGGGGACAGCCCAGGCUGAAGUUAUCCAUAGGCUAGAAUGUCCUUCAGACACGAACCUGAGGGACUUCCUCCUGUCACUCCUGAGUACUUGGCGAACUGCAUGGUUCAGGGGCAUGGCCUUUGUGGCACAUGAUGGGAGUCGUGAGGGCCCCUUUGUGAUGCUUUAGUUAACUCUCUCUCUCUCUAGACUGCUCAAAAAACUAACCCAAGCCAAACAACAAAAGGAACCUGCACAACUCAGAGAAACUUGAAAGGGAUAAUAUGUAUUACUAGUUUGUACUAAGCUUUUUUCAAGAAAGGGAAACAAUUUAUAUAUAUAUAUGUGAAUAUAUUUUUACACUGUUUUAUUAACGUUAGGGAUACCAAGCUUAUCACUUUAUCGGUGUGAUGGGCAAUGUCCACGUCUUGGGUGUUUCGACUCAGAAAGGCAACUGCUGACGUGUAAGCCACACUCACCAGGAACGUCUGUGGGCCCGGGCGCCCUGCCGCUCCUCCUGCAGUGUGAGGCACGGUGUCACCUGCUAGACCUGCCGUCGGGGGCCGGCUUACAAACCUAGUGAAGCAGCUCAUAGGUCUGUGUGCAUGUUGUUCCCAGUGUUGCUGUUGUUAACAUUGUGUGUCAAAUUGGUAAAGUGAUGAAUAAAGGUGUUAAAACGUGAA